CGCGCCCGCUCUGUUCGUGGUUGGCUCCGACUCAACAAGCACCCCUUCUUUUCCUCCCUCGCUACCAGACCAUCCUCCCUACUGCCGAUAUCACCGUUCCAUCGCCUUGCCUACCUUCUUGGAAUCCAACAGGCUAACAGGCCACGGCACUUCGACCAACCGCCAUCACCGCCACCUUUCAUCCAUCCACCCUCCUCUCCACCACCUCCUCCAGCUCAUCGCCUCGUCUCGUGCAGAUCUCGAGCAAGCCUACACCACGUUUAAACCUCGCAGUGCACAAGAGUUUGAACCUCGCCGCCGCUCGCAGAGUGCCCGCAUUCAGAGAGCGAAGCAUCUCUGCUCUCACACGCACCUACGCACGCCCACGCGCACACUCGCUCGAAGGCUUCAGCCCUAGGCCUGCCCCCUUGCUUGCUGCGCGCGACGUCACCACCACCACCCCACCAGACACCACCACCAACGCUGUGCGAAGGCGAGAAUGCCGCCCCAAGGAGGAGAUGCACGCAAGCCCCAGCAAGAGCAAAGGCGAGGGCAAAGGCAGCCCGCAGAGCAGACACUGCCGCCACUCCAGCUCAGCCCCAUGCCCAGCGCACAGGAAGAUCAGAGCGUGAUGACCGCUUUCGGCAGCUCAAAGGCUUCGCGAGCAUGGAGCGGAGACAAGAAGAAAUGGCGUUCCGUGCACCGAGGCCGCGCUCGCACCGGACGUGGCGCCCGCCGUUUGCAGGACGAAGAAGAACAAAAGGAGGACGAGGAACACACGUUUGCCAUCCAACAGCAACAACAACAACAACAGUCGCCUUCACCUGCCUCGACCCCGGCACCACGAGCCAUCCCGCGGCCCAGCAGUGAUGCCCUGCACUCGCUGCGCGUCGCAGGCCGCGUCGUGGACGCGUAUGUAUGCGGAAAGCUGCCUCCAACGGACCAUCAUCACAAGCUCGUUGUGAAGGCUGCCCAGGUCAUCGUCAGGUUUGCACAGCAUGGGUUUCAGCCACCACUCCAUGAUCAACAACAAGUCGAGCAGCAGCAGCAGGACGAAUGGCGGUUCAGCAUGAGCAGUGACGGCCAGAGCCCAUUCGACGAUGCUGAGCCGCUCACAACAGCACAUGCAGUGCAUUCCAAGCGCCGUCAAACGUCGCCACCUUCGACAGCAGCCAUCGCUGCGUUCACGCGGGACCCGUCAUCCGUUCCGGUGACUCUCAUGAGCCAGGUCCUUUCUCCGCUUCAGGGCACGGCACCGCGCGCUACCGACAUCCAGGCCAGGCAGAUCCUACUGCCGCAGACGCAGCAGCAGCAGCAGCAACAACAACAACAACAACAACAACAACAACAACAACACACGCAGCAGUUGGAGCUGAUCCGCACGGCCUUGGUUGCCGCCAGUGCUAACGCAAGCAUGCAGGGUGGUGGUAUGGACACAGACACGCUGCUGUACACGGCACUCCUUCAACAAGCCCUCUUCCAGGCCACCCCUUCGACUGCAGCGACCAGCGACACCGGCAGUGCGACCCCACCAACAACUCAACAGCAGCAGUCGUUUGGGGCGUCCCUGCCGUCUGCUGCCUCGCUGUCAUUGACUCCGCUUCCGCUUUCUACAAUACCGCAGCAGCCCACAGCCUCUAGUACAUCAUCAUUCCCUCCGUCUUCGUCCUCGUCCUCCUCUUCGUCAUCGCGCAACUGGUCUGUGGCAUCAGCGCCUGGGCUGCAGCCACUUGCUCUCGGCACCAACACAAACACCACCUACAUGCCUGGUGAUGGCCCGCCUGCCACCAAGCGGUGGAAGGCCGGGGAUGUCCGCUCUGAGAUGAGUUCUGGCACAGGGAGCAUGUACAGCUACGCUGCUUCCACCCCCACCUUCACUUCCACCUCUGCUGCGGCGACCUCUGCUGCCAACAACGGUGCACACGGCAGCAGCAGCAGCAACACCGCACCUACCUCCUCCGAUACUGCCCAUGCAUUGAGCAUCACGAGCCUCCCUGCCGACCUACAGCUGCAAGCAUACAUUGCAAGCCUGAGCACCCCCACUGCAUCCUCCACUGCGCUGGCCCAACUUCAAGGCCCUGUGGGCACCGUGCCAAUUACCACCGCCACAGCAACAGCCGCCACCGCGACCACGGGGGCACAGCGGCCCAUGUGUCCCGUCUGCCACGGCCCCGGCCGGGAAUCGCACACAAACAUUUGUGGUGUGUGCUACUGCAGCAUUUACAACGACAUUGGCAAGUGGAUCAAGUUUGAUCGUGCCAUGGCCACAGAUCCAAACAGAGCCACCGUUGCCGCCUUUACCACAGCGCUGCACGUGAUGCCACGCGGAUGCAAGAAUGGGUUCGCCUGCACCCCAGUGCACUACCACCCAUCUCUUCCCCGUGGCCAGAAGUGCACUCGCUGCCGCAGCAUUGCCAUCUGCCGCGCAGUCCCCGACCUUGUGGCCUCACUCAUCACGGCCAGCGUCGAUAAGGAGCGUCAGCGUGAUGACGAAGAUGAGGAAUAACAGGACACUGCACACCUUUACCCUGCCAGCACCACCAUCGUCAUCAUCAUCAUCAUCAUCAUCAUCA